AUGUUUUAUUCUGAAUUUAUCCUCACCAAGAAAGGACCUCUUGCCAAGGUCUGGCUUGCAGCUCACUGGGACAAGAAAUUAAACAAACAAACGAUUGCGAGCUUGAAUUUAGAGAAAUCUGUUAAGAGUAUUGUGGAUCCAUCGGUUCCUAUUGCUCUGAGAACGAACGGACACUUGUUGUUGGGUGUGGUCAAAAUUUAUUCCAGAAAAGUGAAAUAUGUGUUGGCCGAAUGUAAUGAAACUUUGACAAAGAUUAAAUUACAGGCAAAAACUAAAGACGUUACCGAUGAGAAUAUCAAUAUGCCUGUUCAACACAUGGUCGCUACUAAAAAUCAAAUUACAUUGCCAGAAGUCAGUGAUUUGGAUUUGUUGUUACUUCCUAAUGCUGCUGCCAUUACUUUGGAACUUGGAGAAAAUUGGCAAGCUAAUAUCAAAGAUAUUACAUUGGUUGAUUAUGCAGCAUGGUCAACAGAAGAAUCAAUUGAACCAGUUUCAUUGGAAGUACCAACCACUCCAGGAGGACCAGGUGUCACAACACCUUUAUCAGUUGAAGCUCAGAGAGCACUCAGCACUGGUUUGCAACCUCCAUCCACUGGUGGUGUCAUGCUUGGUGAUAAGGCCUUUGAACAAGGUAUCAAUAUUCAACAAAUCAUGCAACCAUUUGGAGGACCAGGUGAAGCCGUUUCACCAGGUGGAGAACCAAUGCAAUUUGGUGAAAUUGGUGGAUUAGGAGGAAUUGGUUUUGAAGAGCCUAUUGAACCAACACGAGAAGAGCGAGCUCCUCAAGAAGAACAACCUGAAGAAGAAGAAGCUCAACCCACUAAAAAACGUAAGAGAAGACCAGGAAAGUUAAUUCAUGACGAUCCAACCAGUUACACUGAAAGAUACUACACCAAGAGAUUGAAGGAACACAAUGAUUUGUUGACAGAAAGAAAUCGAGCUCCUGCCACCAGAGAAGAAUAUGAACAAGUAGGAAGAGCAUUACCAUCUCGAGAUAUUUGGAAGCAAGCUCCAUUCCAUAUGGAUCUUCCACUUGGAUUUAUUGAUUUCUUCUCAACAUCCAUUGACAAGAGCACAAGUAAGGAAAAGCCCACCAAAGAAAAGCCUGGAGCUGUUCCUACUGCUGCUUUAACACCUGAUGAAAGAGAAAGAGCAAGAGCUACCAUUACUCCUGGUGUGACACCUGGAGAAGGUCCAUUGGAAAUUGGUGGUUUUGGAGGAGGUUUUGAUAUGGGUGGACCUACUGAGGUCUUUGGUGCUGCUGCUGAACCAACUAUUGGAAGACCAAGAGCAACCAUGGGACCAGGAGAGUUGUCUCCAAUUGCAGCUGAUCUUGACAUUAAUGAAGAUAUCAAUGACAUGCUUAUUACUGCUACAGCUUCCAAAACAAAGACUCCUCUCACAGAUCAACGCAAGAAACAAAUUAUUGAAGAUAAGAAUAGAAUUGAGAAGGAAUUGAGAGAAAAGGCAGCAGCAACACCUCAAGUUCGUGUUCCAGGUGUAGCUGUCACAACUCCAUCCCCUGCUGGUGUGACUGAAAGAACCGUUAAGGUGUUAGCCAUGUUAGAAGAAGGUUUUAAACAAGCAGAUACUGACACUCUCAGUCUUACAGAAAUGUUACAGGGAAGAAAGAGACAAACUGCUGCCAGAUGUUUCUACGAAACACUUGUACUCAAGAGUAAGGGACUUAUUGACGUGGCUCAAUCUGAACCUUUUGGAGAAAUUUUGAUCAGAAAGGUCGAUUAA